AUGCUCUUUGUGGUUGAUUUUGACGAGACCAUUACAGCCCACGAUACGAUUUCUUGUUUAGCAAAAGCUGCCAAUAAACCUGGUGUAUGGGAUUUCUUGGCGAAAUCGUACUGGGAGGAAUAUAUGGCUUGGCAGUCCGGUUUGCCAAAGCUAACCACGCUUUGCUCACAUCUUGACUUGUUACAGACAGGCGGGUUCGCUGAAACCGCCAGUAUACAGAGAGUUCAAUCCCAUAAAUUCUUUGAGGGGUUAUCCUUGGAACAAUUGGAUGCAGUAGCUUCGUCCAUUACUUUACGAGAUGGAUUUGACAAGUUUCUGCAGCUGUUGAUGCCGCGGCUACGAGACGGAUCUGACGAGUUUCAUAUCCUAUCUAUCAAUUGGUCGAGCCGUGUAAUUGAAAGCACUCUACGUCGAAUCCCAGGAAUUGAUCUGCGACUGGUUACGAUUCAUUCCAACGACUUGGAACUGGACCCGGCAACUCAGCUUACGACAGGAAAUAUUGUGCCAUUUCACGCACAAAGUUUAAUUAUGACUGCUGAUGACAAAAUGCAUGAGUUUUUGGUCAUUAUUCAGAAAGCAUCUCCUUCUUCCCAAUCGAAUGCCACUGUUUACAUAGGAGACUCCAGCACUGACUUUGGUUGCUUUUUUCAUGCGACAAUCGGUAUCUUGUUCCUUGCAAACGAAAGAAGUAGGUCGACUCUGGAAUCUUUUUCUGAUGUGACGCUUCUGAAACUCGACCCUUCUAUUCCUAAAUUCAGUCUGAACGAGACGUCGCAGCUCAAUCGUUUUCCUCAGAGCCAAACUCAACCCUACAAAGCACAGAAUCCUUCCAAUUCAACAAUUUACACUUGCGAUCAAUGGACCACUCUUACGAAAGUGUUUCAGCGCUGA